CAUAUGAUAAACUAAUAAUUUGUACAAUGUAUUAGAUAUUGAUUGUGCUACAGAAUUGUAAACUUAAAUUUGCACUUAAAAAGAAUUUAGAGAUAAACGUUAUUUUGCUUUGUAUUUGUUCAGUGUUAUAUAUUUCGUAAAAUCAUUGCAAUAUGUUGACUACAAGUGUAAUUUCUAUAGGGAUUAAGUUUCGAAUUCCGGUACCAACUCAAAGAUUGAAUACUUUAAUUAAAAUGUAUUCUACCUCGUCUGGAUCACCAUCCGAUUCAUCAUCAUCGUCUGGAUCAUCAUCAGACUCAUCAUCUGAUUCUGAUUCGGAUACAGAAAAAGUAAAGAAAAAAAAAUCAGUUGCAGAUGCUUCUACAAAAUCAUUGGAUAGUCUUAUAGAUAAUCUAAUGUUGAAAGAUAAAAAAAGAAUAGAUGUUGCUAUGCCUGUGAGAAAAAUUAUUAAAGAGGAUAAAUCAUUCAUAAAGAAAACAAAUAAAUCGUAUGAAGCACGACUUAUAGAAGCUGCCAAAGAUGUAACGAAAGCUCUCAAUAUAGAUAAAGGGGAAACAAAGACACAAUUAUUAGAUAGAUUAUCCACUAUAUAUAAAGACAAUUAUAAAAAGAAAAAACAUGGAAGCUCGAGUAAAGUAGUAAACAAGAUUGUAUCAGAACAUAAAUUAUCUUCAGAAAGCAAACAAAUAGAUAGUAAUGAACAAUGGAAAUACAAAGCUGAUAUUGUUCGUAAGUUUAAAACCGAAGAACAGGUACAUAUAAUUGGACCAAGUAUUAUCAAGCAAUUAAAGAAGGAAGCAAAAAAUAAAUAUUGGAAGGAAACAAUUGCAAAGAAAAAAAUGCUAAAUGUUACUUUUAAUGAAAAAGCAAAAGCAAUUUUUAAAGACAUGAAAGAACCUAUGACAAACAUACCAAAGUUGUCCAUGUGGGAAUCAUUAGAAAAAAGAGAGCUUGAUUUAAUUGUUAAUCAACCUCCUAAAAAUAUUUUUCAAGAAAUGAUACAAUGGACUGAAUCUGGAAUAUUAUGGAAAUUUCCUAUUGAUAAUGAAAUUGGAAUGGAAGAAGAAAGUAACGUGCAUUUUUCUGAACAUGUAUUCCUAGAACGUCAUUUAACAGAUUGGUGCCCUAAAAGUGGUCCAAUACGUCAUUUUAUGGAACUUGUAUGCGUAGGUCUUUCUAAAAAUCCAUAUUUGACUGUAGAUGAAAAACUUGGUCACAUUACAUGGUAUAAAGAAUAUUUUAAAGGAAAGAAAGAAUUAUUAACAGAAUUAGGUGCAAUUAAUAUUUCAUCCGCUAUGAAAGAGCAGACGAAAACUUAAAUUAUAAUAUAUUCGUAUACAUGCAGAAUUAACAUCGUAUUAAAUUGAUCGCUCAAUAUACAUUGCUUAUCCUUUUUUAAUUAAGGUAUAGCUCUACAAAAUAGUAAAUUAUAACUUCUAUUGUACAUUUUCACAAAAGAAGUCGUACAUCUAAUCAUAAAAAACUAAUUGAUUAAAAAAGAAAAAUAUAUAUACAGCUAUUUCAAAUGAAA